UGUAAGGCAGAGGCUGGAGAAGCAAGCAAGCACGCCAUGGCCCUGAGCAGCUUCUUGCUGCGGCUACCACCAGUAUGUGUCCUCCUGCUGUGUCUACCCACCCCCGGCCAAAGCAUGGUAGGUCCUGUGGUCCCCGAGGUCCCGUUUGUUGCCAUUUGGAACGCUGGCACUGAUUUCUGCCAGAAAAACUUCCAAGUCAGCAUUGACCUGGACGCCUUCCAUAUCGUGGCCAACCCAGGCCAAGCCUUCAGGGGGCCAAACAUGACCAUCUUCUAUAGCACCCAGCUGGGCACUUACCCCUCCUAUACCUCCGAGGGGCAGCCUGUUAAUGGGGGUCUCCCCCAGAACGCCAGCCUCGCGGCUCACCUGGCCAAGGCUCAGCAGGACAUCUUGGAUUUUAUCCCCAAACCUGAUUUCCGGGGCCUGGCGGUCAUCGACUGGGAGUCAUGGCGCCCUCUGUGGGCUUACAACUGGGACUCCAAGAACAUUUACCGCCAGCGCUCUCUGGAACUGAUAAGAAAGAAGCACCCAGACUGGAAGUCUUGGAGAGUGGAAAGUGAGGCCAUUGCACAGUUUGAGGGAGCAGCCAAGGCCUGGAUGCUGGACACCUUGAAGCGGGGGGAGACCUUGCGACCUGACGGGCUCUGGGGCUACUAUGGCUUCCCAGACUGCUACAACUACAACUUCGAGAGUCCCAGCUACACGGGCCAAUGCCCGCCAGAUCUUGAGGCCCAGAACGACCACCUCUGGUGGAUGUGGGAAGAGAGCCGCGCCCUCUAUCCCAGCAUCUAUCUGUCUGCAAAGCUGGCGGGCAACGGGCACAGCCUGCUUUACGUGCGCGCGAGGCUUCGAGAGGCUUUCCGGGUAGCAGCGGGCACCCGGUGUCCUGGCCGACACAUCCUGCCCUACGCCCAGAUACUUUAUGAGAACACAGAGCACUUUCUGCCUUUGGAAGAGCUGGAGCAGAGCAUUGGGGAGAGCGCAGCCCAGGGAACAGAUGGAAUUGUUCUGUGGAUCAGCUGGGAGAACUACAAGAGCAAGGAAUCCUGCCAGGCUAUCAAGGACUACAUGGAUACCACCCUGGGCCCCUUCCUCUUGAACGUGACCAGCAGUACCCGCCUCUGCAGCCAAGCACUGUGCUCAGGGCAUGGGCGCUGUGCCCGCCGCCCAGACCACUCUCACGCCUUCCUCUUCCUCAGCCCAUCCAGCUUUUCCAUCCGACGCCAGCCAGUCAGUGGGCACUUGGUGGUAGAGGGCUCUCUGACAGAGGAGGCCAGAGACAAAAUGGCAAUGGAGUUUGAAUGCCAAUGCUACUCCGGCUGGGGUGGAGAGCACUGUGAGCGCCAGGAUGACUGAGUGGUGACUGGCUCUCCCUCCCCCAAAGUCAUGGGCAUGUGAAGUUACAGUCAUAUAGGCACAUAUGGUUAGAGUUGUAGAUGCAAACAUUAAUAAGUCAAUUGAUUAGUCAAAUAUUUAUGGUGUGUUAGUAAUAUAAACAAAUAAAAACAAAAGAAAGGGAGCUGCUGGGUGACUCAGUGGAUUCAGAGCCAAGCCUAGAAAUGGAGGUCCUGGGUUCAAAUCUGACCUCAGACACUUCCUAGCUGUGUGACCCUGGGUGAGUCACUUACCCCCAUUGCUUAGCCCUUCCCACUCUUCUGUCUUGGAACCAAUACACAGGACUGAUUCCAAAAAGAAAAAAGAAAGAAGAGUCCCUGCCCUCCCAGCACUUAUAAUCAGUCACAUCCAGAAACUAGACUGGGGUCUUCCCAGGCCUCUUCCAUAGCCCCUACUUCAGAAUUGGACCCGCCAGGGAAGUUGGGCAGAUGUCAUUGGUGAAUGAGCGAAUGAACGUGGCGGGGGACGGUGCGCCCCCCAAGUUAUAGAAGGGUUGCAGGCCAAGCUGUAGGCUGGAAAAUUCCUUUGCUUCCUUGCAUCCUUGUGACUGCUAACCCCCAAACAUCUGAUAAUGCCUGAUCAAUCGCUGUUCCCUCAAAGGCAAAGUCCCCAGAGAGGAUUAUCCUCCUUGGGGGGUCCUUUAGGUGUGGAGAUGGACACAGAGAUGCACCUCCCGACUAUGCUCUGAUACCAUUGGGUUGUGUUUGGGGGACAUCUAUGGGUGCCCCAAACUAUGUCUUCAUGACCAGCCCCACCUUGGGCCCGAGUGCACCCCCCCACUCCACAAGUCUCCUGCUGUAAAGAGUAUAAAGACCCCAGAGCGCCCCCCAUCGACGCUGUCCUCCGGCCGAUUCAACAUUACUUUCUAAAUGGAUACAUUUCUCUUUGUAAGUGUUAAGCUAAGCUUUGGAGUCUUGCGUUCUUGCAAGGGGUGCCCUUCCCGAACCCGGGGGUUCACCUCAAGCCCCCCACAGCAAAUCCCUACAGAAAGUGAGCCAGAACACAACCAGACACCAUCCAGCCCCUGCUGUGCAAAUGCUCCCAGAAGCACUCACAUCAUCUGUGCCGAGCUGCCUGCGGGCAGACCCAAGGAGUGAAAGAAGGCACAUCCCGGGGGGCCUUGGAGGCCAUUUGGCUCCCUUGUUCCAGGUCCUACAGUAGCUCCUGGAGAGCGGGCACUAGAUGCCAGAAAACCCUGCCCCCAUGGCCACCCCCAAAGCCAUCCUGGGGAGGGGGUGCCCCCCUCUCCCCUGAUCCCCGCCGCACUGCUUCUUGCCUCUGUCCCUCUCUCCUCCC